AAAAGUUGUAAAAUUGUUGAUUCCAAAACAAUACAUUUUUAUCUUUUCGCGAUGGAUUCGAACCGUCUUUAUGAAAGUAAAUUAGCCGACGAUGAAACAUUUAAGGCUUUUAGAGAAGGCUUGGCUGAAAAUCCUAGUGGGAAGUUGCGAAAUUUGAUUGAACUAAAGGACGAUGUAGUGUUCUUUUGGAGUCCUGUAGAAUGCUGUUUUUUGUGCUUGAAUUUGAAUCAGUUCGAUGAGUUUGAAGUUUUGGACACUCCUUACCAGAAACUCCACCUCCACUCGCCACCAGCGUUCCAAGUGGAAAGGAUCAAGGGCAGCAACUGCGGCAGCAGGAUGUGCGUGUGGGGCUCCAAGGGAGUCACUGUCAUGGAGCUCCCGGCGCGGUGGGGCCGCUCGGGCUUGUUCGAGUCGGGCAACUACUCCAUACUGUGCAAGGGUCUCGCUUUGCAACAGCCUCCGUUCACGGUAGAAAGGAUCAAGGGCAGCAACUGCGGCAGCAGGAUGUGCGUGUGGGGCUCCAAGGGAGUCACUGUCAUGGAGCUCCCGGCGCGGUGGGGUCGCUCGGGCUUGUUCGAGUCGGGCAACUACUCCAUACUGUGCAAGUAA